CGUUUUUUUUCGUGUAGCUGCAGAAGCUGACGUCACGUUUGGGCGAGGAGGAAAAAAAACACCGUCCGAGAGAGCGAUCUUGCAUCCUUCGUCGUCGAUCCUACUUAAAAACAUUAUCUUCGUACAACCUUUUGUUUAAAAAACAAACAAAAAAGAAAAUGGAUACUGCAGGGGGCAAAGUGUUGGAGACAGCUGACGAUAUCCAGGAACGCCGGCAGCAGGUCUUGGACCGCUACCGGCGUUUCAAGGAGCUGUCAGUGUUACGUCGGCAGAAGCUGGAAGACUCUUAUCGCUUUCAGUUUUUUCGUCGUGAUGCUGACGAGCUGGAGAAGUGGAUCCAGGAGAAGCUGCAGAUCGCUUCUGAUGAGAACUACAAAGACCCCUCCAACCUGCAGGGCAAGCUGCAGAAACAUCAGGCCUUUGAAGCUGAAGUUCAGGCCAAUUCUGGGGCCAUAAUCAAACUGGACGACACUGGAAACCUCAUGAUCAACGAGGGUCACUUCUCCUCUGAGACCAUUCGAACUCGUCUUGAGGAGCUACAUCGACUUUGGGACCUCCUGCUGCUGAAGACCAAGGAGAAAGGCAUGCGCCUCCUGCAGGCCCAGAAACUGGUGCAGUACCUGCGGGAGUGUGAAGAUGCUCUGGACUGGAUUAGUGAUAAGGAGGCCAUAGUCACCUCAGAGGAGCUGGGUCAGGACCUGGAACAUGUUGAGCUGCUGCAGAAGAAAUUUGAAGACUUCCAGACUGACCUUGCUGCCCACGAGGAGCGUGUGAACGAAGUUAACCAGCUGGCCGCCAAACUGAUACAGGAGGCUCACCCUGAGGCAGAGCUCAUUGUCCAUAAGCAGGAGGAGGUGAACGCUGCCUGGCAGCGGCUGAAGGGUCUGGCCCAGCAGAGACAGGGCAAACUGUUCGGAGCUGCUGAGGUGCAACGAUUUAACAGGGAUGUGGACGAGACCAUCAGCUGGAUAAGAGAGAAAGAGCAGCUCAUGGCUUCUGAUGACUUUGGUCGUGAUCUGGCCAGUGUUCAGGCUCUGCUGCGGAAACACGAGGGUCUGGAGAGAGACUUGGCCGCUCUGGAAGACAAGGUCAACACACUAGGCAGAGAUGCAGAACGUUUGCAGCAGACUCAUCCCCAAAACGCCACCCAGAUCCACCUGAAGAAGGAUGAGCUUGUUACCAACUGGGAGCAGAUCCGUACUCUGGCAGCUGAGCGUCACACUCGCCUCAAUGACUCCUACAGGCUGCAGCGUUUCACCGCUGACUUCAGGGAUCUGACCAGCUGGGUGACAGAGAUGAAGGCUCUGAUUAACGCCGACGAAUUAGCCAAUGAUGUGGCUGGAGCCGAGGCUCUCCUGGACCGUCACCAAGAGCACAAGGGGGAGAUUGACGCUCAUGAAGACAGUUUCAGAGCCACUGAUGAGGCUGGACAGGCGCUCCUUAACACUGGCCACUACGCCUCUGAUGAAGUCAAAGAGAAGCUGGGAAUCCUCACUGAAGAGAAGGAGUCUCUGCUGGAGCUGUGGGAGGUUCGCAGGCAGCAGUAUGAGCAGUGCAUGGACCUGCAGCUCUUCUACAGGGACACGGAGCAGGUGGAUAACUGGAUGAGCAAACAAGAGGCUUUUCUGCUGAACGAAGACCUUGGUGACUCUCUGGACUCUGUGGAGGCUCUGUUAAAAAAACAUGAAGACUUUGAGAAGUCCCUCAGUGCCCAGGAAGAAAAGAUCACUGCUCUGGAUGAGUUUGCGACCAAAUUAAUCCAAAACAACCACUACGCCAAAGAAGAUGUGGCUACACGCAGAGAUGCUCUGCUCAGCCGUCGUAAUGCCCUCCAUGAGCGUGCUCAAUCUCGCCGUGCUGCUCUGGAAGACUCUUUCCACCUACAGCAGUUCUUUAGGGAUUCUGAUGAGCUCAAGAGCUGGAUCAACGAGAAGAUGAAGACUGCUACGGAUGAAGCUUACAAGGAUCCUUCAAACCUUCAAGGCAAGGUUCAGAAACACCAGGCUUUUGAAGCAGAGCUUUCUGCCAACCAGAGCCGCAUCGAUGCUCUACAGAAAUCAGGCCAGGAACUACUGGAUGGAAAACACUAUGCUGCCACUGAGGUGGCUGGUCGAAUGGAGGAGGUCAGCUCCCAGUGGAAGAAACUACUGGAGGCAACUGAGCUGAAAGGCAUCAAGCUCCGUGAGGCCAACCAGCAGCAGCAGUUUAAUAGAAACGUGGAGGACAUUGAGCUGUGGCUGUAUGAGGUUGAAGGUCACCUGGCCUCAGAUGACUUUGGGAAGGACCUGACCAGUGUCCAGAACCUGCAGAAGAAGCAUGCUCUGCUGGAGGCAGAUGUGGCUGCUCACCAGGACCGUAUUGACGGCAUCACCAUCCAGGCUCGACAGUUCCAAGAGGCUGGACAUUUUGAUGCCGACAACAUCUGCAAGAAACAGGAAGCCCUCGUCGUUCGCUAUGAAGCUCUGCGUGAACCAAUGGCUGCACGUAAGCAGAAGCUUUCAGACUCUCUCAGGCUCCAGCAGCUCUUCAGGGACGUGGAAGAUGAAGAAACCUGGAUCCGUGAGAAAGAGCCUAUCGCUGCCUCCACCAACAGAGGCAAAGACUUGAUUGGGGUCCAAAACCUGUUGAAGAAACAUCAGGCCCUGCAGGCUGAGAUCACUGGUCAUGAGCCUCGCAUUAAGGCUGUUUCUCAGAAAGGAGAGGCCAUGAUUGAAGAGGGACACUUUGCACGUGAAGAUGUGAAAGCAAAACUGACUGAACUCCACGGACGUUGGGACACACUGAAGGCCAAAGCCUCUCAGAGGAGACAGGACCUGGAAGACUCACUGCAGGCACAGCAGUACUUUGCCGAUGCCAACGAAGCAGAGUCCUGGAUGAGGGAGAAGGAGCCCAUCGUGGGCAGUACCGAUUAUGGCAAGGACGAGGAUUCUGCAGAGGCUCUACUGAAGAAACACGAGGCUCUGAUGUCUGACCUGAGUGCCUAUGGCAGCAGCAUCCAGGCCCUCAAAGAACAGGCCCAGGCCUGCAGGCAACAAGUGGCACCAACUGAUGAUGAAACGGGGAAGGAGCUGGUCCUGGCCCUGUACGACUACCAGGAAAAGAGUCCAAGAGAAGUGACCAUGAAGAAAGGAGACGUUCUCACUCUCCUCAACAGCACCAACAAGGACUGGUGGAAAGUGGAGGUUAACGAUCGACAGGGCUUUGUUCCUGCUGCUUACGUGAAGAAACUGGACCCCACUCAGUCAUCAUCCAGAGAAAACCUGUUGGACGAACAUGGCAGCAUUGCCCUCCGCCAGGACCAGAUUGAGAACCAGCUUGUCACCAAGGAGGCUUGCAGUGUGUCUGUGCGCACAAAGCAGGUGGAAGAGCUAUACUCCACCCUGCAGGAGCUCGGAGAUAAGCGCAAGGACAUGUUGGAGAAGAGUUGCAAGAAGUUCAUGUUGUUUCGUGAAGCCAAUGAGCUCCAGCAGUGGAUCCAUGAGAAGGAGAGCGCUCUCACCAACGAGGAGGUUGGCUCUGACUUGGAGCAGGUGGAGGUCCUGCAGAAAAAGUUUGACGACUUCCAGAAGGACCUGAAGGCCAAUGAGUCUCGUCUGAGGGACAUCAACAAAGUGGCGUCAGAGCUGGAGUCUGAAGGUCUGAUGGCAGAAGAAGCACCAAUGAUCCAAGCUCAGCAACAAGAGCUGCUGGGAUCUGCUCCUGGCAAGGAUGAUACUGAUUCCAAGACUGCGUCUCCAUGGAAGAACAUACGCCUCGCUGUUCAAACAACGGCUAACUUUAACACAAUCAAGGAGCUGAAUAAUCGCUGGCGUUCACUGCAGCAGCUGGCUGAGGAGAGGAGCAACAUGCUGGGCAGUGCCCAUGAGGUGCAGAGAUUCCACAGAGAUGCAGAUGAAACUAAAGAGUGGAUCGAGGAGAAGAACCAAGCUCUCAACACUGACAACUACGGUCACGACCUGGCCAGCGUCCAGGCUCUGCAGCGUAAACACGAGGGCUUUGAGAGAGAUCUGGCCGCUCUUGGAGACAAGGUGAACUCCCUAGGUGAAACGGCUGAGCGUCUGAUCCAGUCCCACCCCGAGGCCGUGGAUGACAUCCAGGAGAAGUGCACUGAGCUGAACACGGCUUGGAGCAGCCUGGUGGGCCGAGCUGAUCAGCGCAAGGACAAACUGGGAAACUCCCAUGACCUGCAGCGCUUCCUGUCAGACUUCAGAGAUCUGAUGUCCUGGAUCAAUGGCAUCAGAGGACUGGUGUCCUCGGAGGAGCUGGCUAAAGAUGUGACUGGAGCUGAGGCUCUCCUGGAACGACACCAGGAACACCGUACAGAGAUUGACGCCCGUGCUGGAACCUUCCAGGCUUUUGAGCAGUUUGGUCAGCAGCUACUGGCUCGGGGUCAUUACGCCAGCCCAGAGAUCCAACAGAAACUGGAGGCUCUGGACCGGGAGCGUGCUGACCUGGAGAAGGCCUGGGUGCAGCGCAGAAUGAUGUUGGACCAGUGCCUGGAACUUCAGCUUUUCAACAGAGACUGUGAACAGGCUGAGAACUGGAUGGCCGCUCGUGAAGCUUUCCUCGCCAGCGAUGACAAAGGCGACUCACUAGACAGUGUGGAAGCACUCAUUAAGAAACAUGAAGAUUUUGAUAAAGCAAUUAAUGUACAGGAGGAGAAGAUUGCUGCUCUACAGUCCUUUGCUGAUCAGCUGAUUGGAGCUGACCAUUAUGCCAAAGCUGAGAUCUUGAAUCGUUGUAAUGAAGUCCUGGGCAGGUGGCGCCGUCUAAAGGCCCAGAUGAUUGAGAAGCGCUCUAAGCUGGGUGAAUCUCAGACGCUGCAGCAGUUCCGCAGGGAUGUGGAUGAGAUCGAGGCCUGGAUCAGUGAGAAGCUGCAGACAGCCACGGAUGAGUCUUACAAGGAUCCAACCAACAUCCAGCUGUCCAAGCUGCUGAGUAAACAUCAGAAACAUCAGGCGUUCGAGGCUGAGCUUCACGCCAAUGCAGACAGAAUCCGUGGAGUCAUCGACACAGGAAACUCCCUGAUCCAGAGAGGAGCCUGUGCCGGCAGCGAGGACGCAGUCAAGGCUCGUCUGAUUGCCCUGGAUGAGCAGUGGCAGUUCCUGGUCAACAAAUCUGCAGAGAAGAGUCAGAAACUCAAGGAGGCCAACAAGCAGCAGAACUUCAACACAGGCAUCAAGGACUUUGACUUCUGGCUAUCUGAGGUUGAAGCUCUUCUUGCCUCUGAAGAUUAUGGCAAAGAUCUGGCCUCGGUCAACAACCUGCUGAAGAAACACCAGCUGCUGGAGGCUGACAUCUCUGCACACGAGGACCGACUGAAGGACCUGAACGGUCAGGCCGACAGCCUGAUGGGCAGCAGCGCCUUUGACACCUCACAGGUGAAAGACAAGCGUGACGCUGUCAACGGCCGCUUCACCAAGAUAAAAAGCAUGGCUGCGGGUCGCCGCGCUAAACUCAACGAGUCCCACCGCCUACAUCAGUUCUUCAGAGACCUGGAUGAUGAAGAGUCGUGGAUCAAAGAGAAGAAGUUGCUUGUGAGUUCGGAGGAUUAUGGACGUGAUUUGACAGGAGUACAGAAUUUGAGGAAGAAACACAAGAGGCUGGAGGCUGAGCUGGGAGCACACGACCCAGCCAUUCAGUCGGUGCUGGACACUGGGAAGAAACUGUCUGAUGACAACACCAUCGGUCAGGAGGAGAUUCAGCAGAGACUGGCCCAGUUCAUCGAACACUGGAAGGAACUGAAGGAAUUGUCUGGAGCAAGAGGUCAGAGGCUGGAGGAGUCGCUGGAGUACCAGCAGUUUGUGGCAAACGUGGAGGAAGAAGAGGCUUGGAUCAAUGAGAAGUUGAAUCUUGUGGGAAGUGAAGACUAUGGCGAUACACUGGCUGCUGUGCAGGGCUUAUUGAAGAAGCACGAGGCCUUUGAGACGGACUUUAGUGUCCAUAGGGACAGAGUCAAUGACGUGUGCACCAACGGAGAGGAACUGAUUAAGAAGAACAACCAUCACGUGGACAACAUCAGCUCCAAGAUUUCGGCUCUUAGAGGGAAAGUGUCAGAGCUGGAGAGAGCAGCAGCUCAGAGGAAGGCAAAGUUGGAUGAAAACUCUGCCUUCCUGCAGUUCAACUGGAAGGCUGACGUGGUGGAGUCCUGGAUCGGUGAGAAGGAGAACAGCCUGAAGACUGAUGACUACGGCAGAGACCUGUCCUCUGUUCAAACUUUGCUCACCAAGCAGGAGACUUUUGAUGCUGGCCUCCAGGCCUUCCAGCAGGAGGGCAUCACCAACAUCACAGCCCUGAAGGACCAGCUUCUGGCUGCAAAACAUGUCCAGUCCAAAGCCAUUGAAGCUCGUCACGCUGCCUUGAUGAAGCGUUGGAACCAGCUGCUGUCCAACUCAGCUGCUCGCAAGAAGAAGCUCCUGGAGGCUCAGGAGCACUUCAAAAAGGUUGAAGAUCUCUUCUUGACCUUUGCCAAGAAGGCCUCAGCUUUCAACAGCUGGUUUGAGAACGCUGAAGAGGAUCUGACCGAUCCUGUCAGGUGCAACUCCUUGGAGGAGAUCCGAGCCCUGCGAGAAGCUCACGAGGCCUUCCGCUCCUCUCUGAGCUCGGCUCAGGCCGACUACAACCAGUUGGCUGAGCUGGACCAGCAGAUCAAGAGCUACCAGGUGGUUUCUAACCCAUACACCUGGUUCACCAUGGAAGCCCUGGAGGAGACAUGGAGGAACCUGCAGAAGAUCAUCAAGGAGCGCGAGCUGGAGCUGCAGAAGGAGCAGAGACGACAGGAAGAGAACGACAAGUUACGGCAGGAGUUUGCUCAACACGCCAACGCCUUCCACCAGUGGCUGCAAGAGACCAGGACGUAUCUCCUCGAUGGGUCUUGUAUGGUAGAAGAGUCUGGAACACUAGAGUCACAGCUGGAGGCCACCAAGCGUAAGCACCAGGAAAUCAGGGCCAUGCGCAGCCAGCUGAAGAAGAUUGAAGACCUGGGAGCAGCCAUGGAAGAAGCUCUGAUCCUGGACAACAAGUACACAGAACACAGCACUGUGGGUCUGGCCCAGCAGUGGGACCAACUGGACCAACUUGGAAUGAGGAUGCAGCACAACCUGGAGCAGCAGAUCCAGGCCAGAAACACCACAGGAGUGACGGAGGAGGCUUUGAAGGAGUUUAGCAUGAUGUUCAAACACUUCGACAAAGAGAAGUCUGGUCGUCUGAACCACCAGGAGUUCAAGUCUUGUUUGCGUUCGCUGGGCUAUGACCUGCCCAUGGUAGAGGAAGGAGAACCAGAUCCUGAGUUUGAGGCCAUUCUGAACAUCGUGGAUCCUAACAGGGAUGGAAACGUGUCUCUGCAGGAGUACAUGGCCUUCAUGAUCAGCCGAGAGACGGAGAACGUCAAGUCCAGUGAAGAGAUAGAGAGCGCGUUUAGAGCUCUGAGUGCUGAGAACAAACCCUACGUCACUAAAGAAGAGCUGUACCAGAACCUAACCAAGGAGCAGGCAGAUUACUGUCUGUCUCACAUGAAGCCGUAUCUGGACAGUAAAGGUCGUGAACUUCCAUCAGCCUUCGACUUUGUGGAAUUUACCCGCUCCCUCUUCGUAAACUAGCCACUCCCACCUCCAGCAGUGACCAAUCAGGAUGCGUUUGUUUAACCCCCACACACACACUAACACACACUCUCACACUUGACUAGCGGCUGAAUGUCAUGCAUGAUGGCGGCACUAAAGUCCUCACUGAUAACAAACCUCUUUAUCUCUAUUUAUCUCAUUUAUCUCUUCUUCCUCUCUAAUGUCAAGCUUCAGUCGUGUUAGCAUCGUGACUCUGUAUGCUUUUGAAUGUGAUCCUUUUUAGCUUUUUCUGCUUCACUAUGAUUCCAGAAGCUAAUAGUGAUUUCACGACAACAACGUAAAUGACCAACUGCAGUGUGUUUUAAUAAACGCUACUGGUUACAACUGGAAA